AGAGAAAUUAAGGCAGACUUGUUCUCUCCUUAAAGUACCUGUAAAUGAAGAAUAAAGAUAACUUAACCUGAAAUUAAAGAUGAACCACAUUGAACCAGGAGUUCUGCAGUACUGCUUUGGAUUCAGACAUGUUUUUUUUUCUUGAGAUUUGGAAAACUCACUUGAUUUGUUGGUCCUGUUCUUCAAGUGAUGGCAUGAAAAUAAUGCUAUUUCAAGCACUGCAAGAACUGGUUAGGGUUAGGUUUUUUCCAGCCUACAACGGGGAAGCAGGAAGGAGCACAAGAAAAGGCAAGCACUGACACUAUGUUCGCUAUGAAGGCACCGAUAGGAUUGCAUCUCCUGUCCUAAGAGCUAGAAAAGCUAUAGACUGCUCUGGCUGAGGGUAUGCAUGCAUAAUCCUGUGCAGCACAGUCACAGAGGAUGAACCACAACACCUGCUCCUUGUACCCUGCAGCUCUUUUAAACAUGCAUAAAAAUUGUAUGUUGAGUGCUCGGCUGGAGCAGACUCUUGCAAACACCUGUAGUUUUACCAGAGGAAAACAAUUUUAAUCACUCAAUCACUGGACACGUGUGGUCUCUUCAUGUAUCAUUGCACAGAAAAACUUUUUGUACGUACUUUGUGGUGCAUUGUACUACAGUUCACUAUAGCCAAAAAGACUGUUCUUUUUUCAUAAAUCUUUGCGAUAUAUAAAUGUGUAUACAAUAUACAUAUAAAAACACACAAAUACACGUUUCUGUAAAUAUCUAUUUGCUACAGGUCUAACAAACUAAAGUCUAAGUUUGAACAUAGAUAUAUAAACAUACAGAGGGAUGUGUUUUUUUUUUUUAUACUUUUAUGGAGUAAAGGGUGGAAUGAAUUAAUUGAAGGGGAUUUUAUAAUAUGUUAAACUUAGUAUUAAAUAUAGACAAGGACUUCUAAACCAAGUUUUUAGAAUAGAAUUUUUAUAAUAUAUUCAUAAGAAUGACAGUUCUUGACAGGUAGCAAAUCAUUAACUGUGUCACGUGGUUUCCAAAUGAUUUUAGUUUCAGUUUGUGUUGUAUCAGUAAGCCCUUUAACUUUUGUUGGAUUGCAAGUCUUGUAAAAGUAUGGAUGGGAAACAUGAGAAUAUGCAAAUCUACAAUUUUUUAAAGUGAAAAAUCUCUAUCCAUGGCCAGUGUAAAGCUUUUCUGUUUCACCUGGCAAAUACCACAGAUCUACAGAAGAAAGGUGUGUAAGGACUGUUCAAAGAGGUCACGGGAAUCCUUGCAGUGUUAGACAAUGUAAAGGAACCAGUAAUGAAGAAUCACUCUAUCGGUUAAAAAGACGAUUUACAUUUAUCUUUUCCAGAAUAGACAUGUAUCAGUGUAGUUAAUUUAAUACUUAAAUCAAGAACCCAGAAAAAUGCAACUCCCUUUGCCAUAAUAAAAAUGCAUAACCCAACUUUCCUUUGUAUAAAGCAGUAUAAGCAGGUGGUAUCAUCAGGAAAAAGACUCCAUUGUAGGAAAACAUUUAGAUUAAGUCUGACUUUCCUUUACACGAAGUGAGGAGAGAACGACAACAGUGACAGUCUAAUGCAUGAUGACAUUUACUAAGCAGAAUUUUAUUUUUUUAGUUGGUGGAAUGAUAAUUUAUGUAGUUGAUAUUGGUGUGGACUUCUGGGUAGCUAGUAAAUAUUUCUGUCAAGGACAAUAUUGCUGGGGUAUAUUGAUGCUGUGUUUCAGAGGUCUUUCAUCAUUAAUAACUCAGUUAUUCAGUUACGAGUGGUUUAAAAAUGACUGGGAAGGAGCCGGUACUGGGAAGCUGAAAUGGAUUUUUCUAGUUCAUGUCUUUCAGUGUGGAAUUUUUAUAAGGUAUUGGUUUGCUUUGAAGUAUGGCUUCCACGCUGCAUUUAAACAAAACAGCAGUGGAGAUGCAUCAGAAACAGACCCUCCCAACUUGAUUCAUAAACAAGCUGUUGAUAUAGUGACUGAUAUUAACAUGCUCAGGGUGUUCAAGACUUUUCUUGAGACCACACCACAGCUUUUUGUCCAGAUUUAUGUCCUCAUGGAACAUGGCAAAAAUAAUUUCUGGCAAUAUGCUGCCAUUAUUAUGUCUUUUUGUGGUAUCUCCUUUUCUACGGUUGAUUAUCAGAUAUCAUUACGAAAAUCUCUGCCUGAUAAAGAUGAACUUCGUGUGCUUCCCAAGUUAGUGUAUCUCUUCUAUAAACUGCUUACCAUCACUUCGUGGAUACUCACUAUUUCACUGAUCACUCUACUAAGUGUUAGAAGUUUUGUAAUUCUGCUGGUAUUUCUUUGGAUCUGUGGCUUCACCUGGACUUUGAAACACCAUACGACAUUUUGCAAAUCUAAGAAGAUGGAGUAUCUGUAUAGAACUGUUGUUGGAAUAAUUCUAAUUUUUACCUUUUUUAAUGUAAAGGGGAGAAAAACAAAAGUUUGCAUUUUUAUUUAUUAUGCUACACACAGUGUUGUAACUCUAGGUGCUUUGUUUGUAUAUAUGUUCUGGAAACCUUUCAUUAUUGAGGAAAUACAUUUUACAGUUGUAAGCAUCCUUACCAUUCUUAGUCUGGUGUUAGGUAUUAUUUUUCUUGUUGUUUAUUAUAGGUGUUUUCAUCCCACUGCUUACGGCAAACCGCAGGCAUGUUCAGAUGAAGUUGAUGGAGAGGCAGGACAAAAAGAUAGAAUGGAAAUGGGUAGAUUUCAAAAUUUCAUAAUGCAAUGAACAGCAUAGAUUUUUUGUGUGUGUGUAUGUCAAAGCAAAUACUUGCUGGACAGUCCAUUUCUUUGUCAUUGUUUCUUGUGUAUCAUCAUUGAGUAGUACAUAAUGGACCAGAAUUCUUGGCUCUGAAUAACUAUUGUAACUUGUACAAAGCCUUUAUAACAUGAAUAUUUCUCUGUGUGCUGGUCAAAGUUACUUUUGGAAAAGAAGCGAUUUAAUCUAUCCAUCCAACACAAUGCACUGCUUUAGUUUUUAGCAAUGCAAAUAAAACAUAGGAAAAGCUAAAAGUUAAUCAAAUGAAAGCUAGCAUCAAAAACAUAUUCAGUUCACUGUGUUGAUUCUGUUAAAAACAAGGCUUGCUUUUUUUUUCUUGCUGGAAGGAAAGAGGAGUGCAUUUGUAAUAAUUGAGACCAGUGAUCAGUUAUCUGCUUCUCCCCAUUAGUGUAAAAGCCGCAGUUCUUUAGAUAAGCAUAGUUACAAACCAUACCAGCUUCUCCCUAAAUAUCCCCUGAAGAAGAAUAGCUUUGAUUUAUGGCUCAAUGACUGUCUUGCUACAAGGAAAUUUGGGGAGGUAUUUUCAAGUACUUUAUCUUCUAGGUGUUUUAAUAACUCCUUUACUGUUUUUGUUCUGCUAAUCUUUCACACAAUCUUCUGUAUUUAGGGGUGAUGCCAGCUUGUUGUCCUGGAUUAUAAUAGCAGCCUGAGUGACUUAUGGAUGGCAACAGGAGUCUUGCAUAUAAAGGAAGAACUAUCUUCCUUGAAGCUUUCCUCUCCUUUGAGUUCUAAGAUAUAAUAUUUUAAAUGCUGGUUUUCACUGAAAUAGGGGGCUGUGCAAGGUAUGCAGCGGUGCAGCUUCUUUUGUCUGUGUCACUGGAGAAAAGAGAAGCAACUGUUUUGAUGCAUUGCGCUCACAGGGACUGGGUAAUGAUGGAAUAACCAGCUUGUCCAUCAAGAUUUUUUGGUAGAAGGCAGAGUGAAAUAAGACAACAUUUCAGUCAUCUGUUCAAAUGCUAAAUCAACAGCAAAGGAAACAAGGUUGAUAGCCACAGCUUCUUCAGAAAUAAAAUCUAAAGGGAAGUCUUUCGGAGCUGAUGGGUUUUAAAUCUGAAUUAUGAAAACUGGGGCUCUUUCUCUCCCCUCCUUUCCCCUUCCAGUAAUUCACAUUUGCAGUUAGAGUAGCCACAGGCAAAGGGAGGAAACAGGGUUUGAGAAAAGAGACUAGAGAUAAGAAAAACUGAUAAACUUUGCCAGGAACCAAAUCCGUUCGCAUUAUUGAUUGACAGCAAACAUCCCUGAAACUUUGGGGGAAGGGCUGAUGCUUGGUUGACUCUUAGGGUGAUGAAAAGCUGUGUUCUGUGCCUCAUGUUUCAAGUCAAUGGACUGCCUUUUGUUACCCUUCCUGCCUUAGCAGAGCUCAGGGAAGUUUCUAAAUGUGUUUCUUUCCUGUUGUAUUGCCAUAGUUCUCUUUACCAGGCCAACCACUUACACCUCCUUAACCCUAUCCAUGGAAGUUACUUUCUAGAUGCAUAGCUUGCAUUGAACGGCUUGCCUUUCUGAAGAUACACAUAAAAAAGCAGCAUAGUAAGAAGAAUUUACUUCUAAAAUCCUUCAUUUCCACUUAAAGGUAACUAGAAUGUGGGUCCAGAAGUUAAGACAUAAAAAAAAAGGACAAUACGUGAGACCUAAGCAGUAAUUUUCCUAAGAUGAAUAUAAAAACCAGCACCUUUACUUCUCUUUAUUCAGGAAAAGAGAGUUGUCAGCCCUGCCAAGGCUACCUAGGUAAGAGAAAAAGCCCAGGGCUCCAUCCUGCUUCAUGCACCGUCAUUGCCCCAAGUUCUGUCUCCUUUAUCUACAGAGUAUUUGUUACUGGUGAUGGUGCCCUUGGCAGCAAAAUACAUGCUGGGUUUUAGGCUGAAUGUAGUCUUAUUUUGCUGUGAAUAAAUAGGUUCCUAAACAGUGACAGGAUUACAGACUGGUAGGGGAUGGAAGUGACCUCUGGAGAUCAUCUUGUCCAACCCCCCUGCUUGAGCAGGCACACCCAGAGCAGGGGGCACAGAAGCACAUCCAGGCAGGUUUUGAAUGUCUCCAGGGAAGGAGACUCCACAACCUCCCUGGGCAGCCUGUGCCACUGCUCUGUCACCCUCAUCGGAAAGAAGUUUUUCCUCAUGUUUAGGUGGAACUACCUGUUUUCCAACUUGUGCCCAUUGCCUCUUGUCCUGUCAUUGGGCACUAAUGAAAAGAGCCUAGUCCCAUCGUCCUGACACCCACUCUUUAGAUAUUUACAGGUAUUGAUGACGUCCCCCCUCAGUCUUCUCUCCUCUAGGCUAAACAAACCCAAGCCUCUCAGCCUUUCCUUGUAAGGGAGAUGCUCCAGUCCCCUGAUCAUCUUGGUAGCUCUCUGCUGGACUUGCUCAAGCAGUUGAUGACUAUCCCUGUAUUUUUUCACACACUUACUGUUUUUUCAUCUGAAAUCCUGAGGAGGGACUAGGGUAAGGUAGGGUAGAAAAGAGAGAAUAUUAUCUCUGCUUGCAGAAAAUUACAAAAUUUUGUCUAUUACUUGGAAGAAGACCUGCAACUUUGCACAUUAUCUAAGAAGCAGCUCUCUGUGGAAAUAUAAGCUUCUGAGAAGUCCUAGUGUGGGAGUUUCAGCCCUGGGGCCUCCAGGUUCUCUGCCUGCUACCACAUGCCAGAAAUCUAGAGCCUGAGUUGCUCUGGAAGAAGGUUAGUUUCUGGUGAAACAAAAAUUUGUCUUGGUGAUUUAUUUUUUUACCUUUCAGUGAACUGACAAAUUCCAAGUAAAAGUAAAUAUUGCCAUCUCUCCGGCCAAAUCCUAACAUUCAUUUUCUUUCAUGGGAGAACAGCUGAAUGUUGUGCUGAUUUCUGUUGUUCUCCUUAUGUCUCCCCAUUUCAUCAUCUGUGCCACUAAGAAUGCUAUCCUGAAGUUGAGUCAGUAAGAAAGGCAUCUACGUGGCUAUUUAUACCAUGCUAAUACCACACCAAACCCAAUUAAUAAUAGUAGAAACGUAAGUAAGUUUUACUAUUUUAUGCUUGUAAAUCCUAGUGGGUAUAAAUUUAGACAUAUCCUAAAACUGGGAAAUGAUCCUUUGGGAAAUCAUGCAGAUUCUUUUCAUAAAGCUUUAACAGAUCUUCAGUAUCCUGCCACAGAUACUGUAAGAGUCUCCAUUUUGCUGUCAUCAGUCAGAGGGCCUCAGGAGAUGGGAAUUCCUGUUAGCUUGUCCCGGGUAGACUUUUAUUUAUUUAUUUUCAAUUUUAACAUCCUUCCUUUCUUCAUGACCUUUAAUUUGAAUUUUUCACUUGAUUCCCUUCAUUUUCAUAGUUAUUAAAACAGCCUAUCAUUCAUUUGGUCAUUCUAGUUCAGAAUCACUGGAGCAGGGAGGAAAAGGAAGUUUGUGAAUUGAUCCUAGACACAUUUCUUAUCAUCAGUGACCACUUCAGACAAAACAAGCAAAGCCCCACUUCACCUAGGUGUAAAGUUCAAACAAUAGACCUCAUACAUAUCCUUUCUGUUCCCCAGCUACUCUUAAAAUUCAGCUGCCACUCAGUUCAUGCAUAGUGCCUGACCUUGUCAUUUUAAUCUAACUGCAAAUUGAAAACAACUGUUUUUUUCUUUUUUGUUAAGUAUGUCCAUUACAUCUUACGAGAAGUAUUUUAAUAAGUUAAAUAAAAAUAAUAAACAAUUUCUUCCUG